UUUAGCCAUUAAAUUUAAUUAUACGAAUAAUACAAUGUUUGAAUUGACUUUUUUUUUGCACGUCCGCAUCAGUUGAAACUUAUAGUUACGCCACAUUGAGGAAUGCACAUAUUUUGAAUUAAAAGAUAUUUUUUAACAGGCUACCAUUUUUUUAAUACACUCACAAUUAGAUUUUAUAAUAACAGUUGUUCAAACAUCGAGUCUGAGUAAGCCUCAAAAAAAUAUUAAACCAAUCAGUUAUAAAAAGACAAAGUGGAUGGCCGAGUCAAAUGUUCUUUCAUACUAAAGUAUACAACAAAUGUUGAUUAUUUAUUUAUGUAAUUAUAUGAAGUUUCUAAUGAUCCAGGGUUUCAAAUAUAAUUCUAGGAGAUUACUUUAUUGAGUACAAGAAGAACGAAAAGCUUCGAAGUGAGAAACUUUGAAAUAAACAUAGCCACCGUCAAUGCUUCCUUCGUAAAUAUUCAAACCUCUUAGAAAAUAUCAACUUCAGAAAAUUCCGGUUGCAUGAAAGAAACGAUAAAAUGGUUGUCAGAGAUCGAUUAAAGGAAUUUCAAGCAGCAUACGAACAAAGCAAUGGGGAAGAUGAGGAUAUUGAUUAUAUCAUGGAAAUGGAGAGUGCGAUUGAAAAAAAGAAACUGAAACCAAGAACUGAAGAUUUUUUAUUUAAGGCUGAUAACGUUAAACAACAUAUUGAAUUGGCGAAAAAUCUAAUCAAAGAACUUGAAAGAAAACAACAUCAAAUUUUAGGUGCGAUCAACUCUGAAAAAAUUUUAAAUGAAGAAAGGGACCAACUGAUUGCUACCAUCAAAGUAACAACAACAUAUAUACAUUCUGAUAUAAAAAUUCUUGAAAAGACAGCAGAGCAGGAUAAAUUUGGAGAUACAACGGAAGAUAGAAUAAAAGCUGGCCAGAUAAACACCUUGAUUCUCUCAUUCCAAGAGGUUAUGUCAGAAUACAAUAAACUGCAGAUGGAUCAUCGAGAUCAAUGCAAAGCAAGAAUAAAGAGACAAGUCAAUAUAUGUGGAGGAAACAAAACCGCAGAAGAAAUAGAAGAAAUGAUUGAAAAUGGGACUACAAAUGUCUUUCAUGCGCAGCUUUUGACAGAUGCUAGCCGUGACGCUUUAAAAGACGUGGAAGCAAGACAUUUAGAAAUCCUUAAAUUGGAAGAAAGUAUAAUGGAAUUAUUUGAGAUAUUUCAAGAGGUAGCGUAUAUGGUUGAAUUACAGGGCGAUAUGAUCGAUAAUAUUCAACGAAAUGUUGAAUCUACGGUGGAAGCAGUUUCAGCUUCAAAAACUCAAAUGAAGAAAGCUUAUAAAUACAAGAGGAGGAAACUGGUGACACUCUGCUGUCCCUGUGUAGCACUUUAUAGAAGCUGUACUCUACUGUAACAUUUCCUUCACCAUGAUCUCUUUUUCUCUAUUACCGUAAUGCUUCGAAUAAACGCCCGGGGCUUUUAUUAAAUUUUUUGACAUCUUUGAGGGGCUUCUAAUCGAGGGGGGCGUUUAAAAGAGGGGGCGUUUAUUAAAUUUUUUACACUUCGUCUCUUUUGCAGUUUUUAAGGAUACCUAUAAUAUAUAUCUUCACAACAGAAAAUAAAAGAUAUUCACAUGUUUUAGAGAAUGAACUUCACAAGCGAAAAGCUAAAUUUCCAACCUUAAACCUAUGAUUUAAAAAAAAGUAAGUAAGUAAGUAUACUUUUACUAUCGCCUCGAAUAAACCUCCCUUGUGAGGGAGGGCGUCUAUUCGAGGGGGCGUCUAUUCGAGGGGGCGUCUAUUCGAGGGGGGCGUUUAUUUAAAAAAUGACUGAAAAGAAGGGGCGUAUAUUUGAGGGGGCGUUUAAUAGGAGGGGGGCGUUUAUUCGAAGCAUUACGGUAUUUAACUUAAAAUAUAAAAUACACCUUUUUUGUAAAAGCUCUGUUUUUAAGAACGUUAAGGCUAAUACUUUGCUAAAAGGUAAAAACAUAUUAUGAAUAUAUAUCAUGAGAGCAAAAUAAUGUGAGUCUAGAAUUACCAAGAAAUAAUAUUUCCGAGCACUUUCGUUUUUUUUACAACUUUACGUGCAUAUAAUCUAUUUUUUUUAAUCCUGAAAAUAUUUACUAUCAUUGAUACGUCAUAUAUUUCCCUAGUUUUCUGAGAGACCUAAAAAUGUUAAUAAGAAUAACCAGAAUCAGAUGACAUUUUGACACUCUCAAAAAACCAUUUGAAAUUAGGAUCUUCCUUUUUUUUAUAACUGAAAGUAGCUAGGUAGUGUGUUUACAACAUAGAGCUACGCCGUCUCUUAUUUUGCUGUUAAAUAAAUUUAGAAAGAUUGAUUUUGAUAUCAUAUUUUAUUUUAUUUUGUUAUAUUAUAUUUUUUUCAUUUAUUAAAAUUUUUGUAACAAGAUGUAAAUAUGAGGAAUUUUUUAACCAUUAGUUUUUCUUCUUCUAAUCUUUGGACUUCGUGGUAGCGUAAACACGCAACUUCCUUGGCCGUAAUUGAUGUAUCAUGGAUGCGUUAAAUUGAUGUAUGAAACAAUUUUGAAGCAGGAUGGUCACAUUUCGUGAAAUGGCCCCUCCUAAAAUAUUUUAAAUAACCUAAUUUGGACCAAAAAUUUUAGUGACAUGUUUUUUCUAUAAU